AUGUAUACUAUAACUUCCAACGUACUCGCAAAAGGCACACCACCACCAACAAUCAGAGCAACAAUGGAGUCUGCUAAUUCGAAUACCGAUGGCUACCAAAAUAUCUUGAUGAUGCGUCACGGUGAUCGCAUUGACAAAGUCGAGCCUCUCUGGCUCGAUACAGCCGCGAGACCUUGGGAUCCUCCGCUCGUUCACGACGGUAUAGUUCGUGCGUUUCGAACUGGUCAACGGAUUCGAUCUCAGAUCCAGUUUCCGAUUCUCCGGGUCUUCGUCUCCCCUUUCAUCCGCUGCAUCCAGACCGCUUCCGAAGUUAUCGCCGCUCUCUCGGCCGUCGAUUUCGACCCUAACGCCGUGUCGUCGAAAGACGUCCUUUCCGUCGAUAAAUCUAAGCUCAAGGUUUCUAUUGAAUUCGGGUUGAGUGAGAUGCUGAACACAAUAGCUAUUAAGCCUGAGAUUGCUCCCAAAGAUGGGAAAUUCGAUUUCAUGAUCUCGGAUCUUGAAGCUAUGUUUCCUGAUGGAAUGGUGGAUCAUAAUGUUGAUCCGGUUUACAAAGAGAUGCCACAAUGGGAAGAGACUGUGGAAGGCUGCACAGAUCGAUUUCUUAAUUUGGUGAAGACGCUUGCUGAUAACUAUCCUUCCGAGAACUUGCUCUUAGUCACUCACGGGGAAGGAGUAAGGACUACAUUUGCAAACUUUAAAGACGUAGAUGUGUACGACGUCGAGUACUGUGCUUGUGCCGAACUGAGAAGACAGGUCUUCAGUAUAGAUGGGUCUACUAAAGCUGGAGACUUUGAGGUAAUUACAUGUCUUGGUCAAGCUGGAAUCAAGUACCAUUCUUAGAGCACUACCGACCAAUGAUCAUGUCCUAAGCCAAACUCGGGUUUAGUCAAUGCCUCCGGAAGAUCAUCAUGGCAUUGGAAAACCGGUAUCAAACCGGAUACUGGAUACUUAGAAACUGCCAUUAGCCUUCAUUACAAACGGAUAUAUAAAACAAGAAUAAUAUUGUACCCAGUCCAAGAAAAUUAAAGGCUGAUGAGUGAUUCAAACUUU